AUCGCCCGGUUCUGGUGCUCCGGGCCACUUUGGUCCGCCACGUGGAAAUCGACGUGUAUAUCGACGUGUAUUGGAUCCAGCUGUAUAUAUACGGCCCUUGGGGUCUCCUCCUCUUGGUCUCAAGAUAUUUGGUGUCUGCAGUCUCAGCAAUUUACUGAAGAGCGGCGAUUGAGUGAUCUCUGGAGCGAUGGCGGCAGUGGUGGCAGGGGCCGGUACCUCGGCGGCGGUACCGGAGCUAUACGCGAGGGACGCGAUGAUCGCGUGGUUCCGGAGCGAGUUCGCUGCCGCGAAUGCGAUCAUCGACGCGCUUUGCAGCCACCUGGCGCAGAUAGGGGGUGCCGAGGAGUACGAGUCGGUGUUCGCCGCCGUACACCGUCGGCGUCUCAACUGGAUCCCGGUGCUCCAUAUGCAGAAAUUUUUCUCCAUCUCCGACAUCUCCGCCGAGCUUCAUUCGGUGGCGGCGAAUCGAUCUCCGGCGAAGGAUAAGUUCCAUGCAGUGUUUCGGCCGGAGGAGAAGCCUAAGGCGAUCGACAUCCCUCCCGCGAAGGAGGAAAUUGCCGCGGCGGAGGAAGCGGUGGCAGAGGGCGUUGAGAUCGGCGUAAAGUAUGCGGCGGCGGCGGCGGAAAUACCUUCGGACGAGGCGGCCUACGGUAGCAUUGAAGGUGCGGAGAUCGAGGAGCAAGCGGUGGCGGCGACGGAGGUUUAUUCUGGGGGAGAUGCUUCGGAUCACAAGGCAGUUGAAGAUGGUGACGCCGACAAAGGAUCGCAAGAGGAGCUGGGUUCUGUGGUGGAGGUCAACGUUUGUACUGAACGUGGAGAUUGCUUGGCGCCUCGCCCAGAGAGGAUCAAGAUCUCCAAGGGUUUUGUGGCGAAGGAAGCAGUGAAAGGGCAUAUGGUCAAUGUUGUAAAAGGUCUCAAGUUGUAUGAGAACAUUUUCUCAGAGUCAGAGCUACCAAGCCUUGUUGAAUACAUCAAUGAGCUUCGUCUGGCAGGACGCAGAGGAGAACUACCUGGAGAAACUUAUAUUUUCUUCAACAAGCAAAUAAAGGGGAACAAGAGGGAGAUCAUUCAACUUGGCGUGCCAUUAUUCCAAUCAGCUACUGAAGAGGGAGCAAGCAAUAUAGAAUCGAUUCCCUCUGCUUUGCAGACUGUAAUUAAUCACUUGGUUCAGUGGCGCUUAGUACCAGAAAGUAAGAAGCCUAACAGCUGCAUUAUCAACUUCUUUGAUGAGGAUGAGCAUUCACAACCCUACUUCAAACCUCCGCAUCUCGAAAAUCCCAUUUCAACGCUUCUCCUCUCUGAAACUACAAUGGCAUUUGGGCGGUCUCUGAUCAGCGAUCAUGAGGGAAAUUAUAAGGGAUCUCUGACUCUUACAGUUAAGGAAGGAUCGCUGCUAGUUAUGCGCGGGAAUAGUGCGGACAUGGCAAGGCAUGUUGUGUGUGCAUCACCAAGUAAGAGGAUGACCAUAACAUUUGUGAAAGUUAGAACUUUCACUCUCCAUUCAGAUUCACCUACUGCCAUCCAGUCCAACAAAGCAAUGACCUUGUGGCAAUCAGGAAACCCGACCUCCCCGCAAAAGGUGCCUAAUGGCGGCAUCAUUGCCUAUGGACCUCCUGCCAUGAUCCCUGCUACAUGGGGUUUGACUCUCCGCACCCCUGUUGUUAUGCUGGCACCACCACCUAGAGCAGUUGUCAUGAACCCGAUUAAGAAGGUUUCACGCAACGGAACGGGUGUCUUCUUGCCAUGGGCAAUUGGCCCAAAGAAGUACACCAAGCAUCUCCCUCCACGCAUUCAGAAGAGGAGGCUGCUAGCCUUGCCAUCCCCUCUAGAAGCACAAGCAUAGAUUCUUCCGGCAGACUCAAACCGAAAAGCGUGGAUUAGCUGGCCAUCAGGCCUUUUUUUUAAGAAUCAUAGAGAUGGCAAUUGCAACAUUAGGGUGCAUGUUCUUUGUUAGUUAUGUCUUGUAAGGAAGUGGAUGUAGUUAUGGUUGUGUCUAAAUGGUGAAGAGGGGUUUCAUGCCAAGGAAUGUCUUUUUCUGAAGUUAGAAUAGCAAUGGGAAGGUGCUUAAAUCUCUCCUCGUGGAUCUGUUAUAUGCAUUUCCAAGGUAGAUAGAUUCUUGGUCUCAUAUUUCUUUCUAGGUGGAAUUCAAGUUUGCAUUUCCUUUGUCA